AAUCAUAAUUUCAGACCACCGAAAGUGGUGCAGCAUUUACAAUUUGCUACUUUUAUGAAUGAGAAUUUAAUCAAUCUUGCCUGUAUAAUGGGUGACAUAAGUAAAUUAUGAAGAUUAAUUCGAUCGCGGCGUUCACAAAUGGCUGCGGAUUCGCUAUUAAAAACGGGGAAACACUCGAAGUAUAUAUCGUAUAGAAAGAUUUUGUACCAUAGGUUUUUCGUUGGGUUGCUGUUGUUUAUAUUGGUGACUUUAGCGAUUACUGUGUUGUUUAAUGCUCUAUCGAGUAGUUCACCGCGGACAGUUGUGCACGAAGCAGUGAAUUUGGACCGUAGUGUUGUGGUGAAGUUACGUCAAGAUGCAGCUACGGCGCAGCCUAGGGAUGCAAACUGCACUUACUGGGAGUGUUUUAACGUGUACCGGUGCGGCAGAGGCGGCCACAAUAAGAUAACAAUAUACAUAUACCCGAGAACGGACUUCCACACGCCAGAGGGUCCUAUAUCAAAGUUUUCUAGAGAAUUUUACGUAAUAUUAGAUACUAUAAGACAUAGUAAAUAUUAUACAGCGAAUCCAGAGGAGGCGUGCUUGCUAAUUCCUAGUAUAGACACUCUAAAUCAACGUAGUUUUUUAAGCAAACAUGUAUCACAGGCUUUCAACAUUCUUCCACAUUGGAACAAUGGAGAAAACCACCUUAUAUUUAACAUGCUGCCUGGAUCAGCACCCAACUAUGAGACUGUCCUCGAUCUCAACACAGGGAAGGCCAUCAUAGCCGGGGCCGGCUUCGACACCUGGUCCUUCCGCUACGGCUUCGACGUGGCCAUCCCAGUCUACAGCCCUCUCGCAGCUCAUAUAGACAGCACACAACCAGACGAUAAGAAAUACUUAAUAUUAUCCACCCAACUAAACAUCCCGAGAGAUUACUUAGCUAUAUUACAGAAUAUAGCAUCGUCAUCGAACGACCUAAUACUUCUAGAUAGAUGUAAAGGCGCAGAUCACAGUAAACGCUGUGAGUACAUAACAGGGAGGAUAUUUAACUACCCAGAAGUAUUAAAAGAUGGGAUGUUUUGUUUAGUAAUACGGAGUGCGAGACUAUCCCAAGCUAUGUUAAUGGAUAUCUUAGCGUCGCAGUGUAUACCUAUUAUAGUGGCUGAUUCUAUUGUGAUGCCUUUUAAUUCGCAUGUGGAUUGGAAUAAAAUAGCAAUAUUCGUACCUGAAGAGAAUUUGAAGAAUGUUUUGAAGAUAGUGCACGCAGUGAGCGAGGAGAGGCGUGGAGAGUUAUAUUGGCAGCAGAGAUGGGUGUUCGAGAGAUACUUCUCGAGUAUACAGAAGAUAACUAUGACUAUGUUGGAGAUUAUUAAUGAGAAGGUGUUCCCGUUGGCAGCUAGGAGUUACGAGGAUUGGAACAUGCCGGAGCAUUUGUACGGUCCCGUGAACCCGCUCUUCCUCCCAGUGACCGCGCCGAAGGGCCCGGGCUUCACCGCGGUCAUACUGACCUACGACCGGGUGGACAGUCUAUUCACACUAGUGCGAAAACUGGUGCGCACACCUAGUCUAGCGAAGAUCCUCGUAGUGUGGAAUAACCAGCGGAAAGCGCCGCCGCCAUCGUCCGAGUGGCCAGUGAUCAACAAGCCGCUGAAGGUGAUAAGGACCAAAGAGAACAAACUGUCCAACCGUUUCUUCCCGUACGACGAGAUCGAGACCGAGUGCCAGCUCACCAUUGACGAUGACAUUGUCAUGUUGACGCCAGAUGAAUUAGAGUUUGGUUUCGACGUGUGGCGUGAGUUUCCCGACCGGAUCGUGGGGUUCCCGUCCCGUCUCCACGUGUGGGACAACGGCACUAACUCCUGGCGAUACCACAGCGAGUGGACCAACCAGAUUUCCAUGGUUCUAACCGGCGCCGCGUUCCACCACAAGAUCUGGUCGUGGUACUAUACGUACCGCAUGCCGGCCGCCGUGCGCGCGUGGGUCGACGACAACUUCAACUGCGAGGACAUCGCGAUGAACUUCCUAGUGGCCAACGUCACUGGCAAGCCGCCUAUUAAGGUAACCCCCCGCAAGAAGUUCAAAUGCCCCGAGUGCACCAACACGGAGAUGCUCUCAGCCGACGCGCGCCACAUGACCCAGCGCUCCGCCUGCAUACAACGCUUCACCCAAAUAUAUGGACACAUGGCAUUAAAAUCCGUGGAAUUCAGAGCCGAUCCCCUUCAGUAUAUGGAGAAUUCCGGUAUACCACAUAUGUAUCCUGAUAUAGGUAUGCUUUAAACCUGGUAAAAAUUCAAAAAUCCUGAAGAUAAGCGCGUGAUGUGUAUACAACGCUUCACGCAAAUACAUGGACACAUGGCCUUAAAGUCUGUGGAGUUUAAGGCCGAUCCACUGCAGUACAUGGAAAAUUCCGGUAUACCAUACAUGUAUCCUGAUAUAGGUAUGCUU